AUUUAACCAGUCAGUGCUAGUUAAUCCCGUUUUUGAUUAACCAGUCAUGCGUGACUUCAUCUGCUAAUCACACUUUUUCAUAACACGUUCAUCACACGAACUGUGUAGAAAAAUAUUGCCAUUCAAACGUAGCAGAAAGGCGGUGGUUCAUCGUUGAUGUUUCCCUGGCAUACGCUCUGAUCUCAGACUGUCUGACAGAAUAAGUUUGACAAGCCUUGUGUCUCCAAAGACUGUUUCUCUGCUCGGCAAUCACUUUAACGUUAAUACGACUUAAAUAAUUGUAUAGUACUGUCUAAAAUGAAGACAAGUUUGGAGGACGUGCGUUCGUUGCACUUUUGGAAGGCGGUUUUCGCGGAAUUUAUUGGAACAUUCAUCCUCGUAGUUGCCGGUGUUGGGUCCACAGUGCAAGGCUGGACCGCUGACAGUCUGGACAUUGUUCAGAUCGCCUUGUCCUUCGGCCUUUGCGUCGCAACCAGUGUGUGGAUCAUUGGUCACAUCAGCGGUGGACACAUAAACCCGGCGGUCACAUGUGCGAUGCUAGUCACAAGGCGAAUCAGUAUUCUACGAGCAAUAAUGUUUGUAAUAGCGCAGUGCUUGGGUGCGAUUACCGGAGCGGGAAUACUCAAGUUGGUGACCCCAUCGUCGCAGGUGGGAGGACUGGGAACCACGACCUUAAAUACCGGGGUCACCCCGGGUCAAGGUUUCGGGAUCGAGCUUGUAAUUACUAUGGGUCUGGUACUAACGGUGUUCGCCGCCUGUGACAGCCAGAGGACGGACCUCGGCGGCAGUUUCCCGCUCACCAUCGGCUUCGCUGUCGUCAUUGGGCACCUUUGGGCGGUUGAAUUUACAGGGUCCAGCAUGAACCCAGCCAGAAGCCUGGGACCAGCCAUUGUCAUGCACAUCUGGACUGACCACUGGGUCUACUGGCUCGGUCCAAUCACAGGCGGGGUGCUAGGCGGGUUGCUAUACGACAACAUCCUGGCCUCCAACGCGUCGCUAAGGAAGGCGCGUGACUUCCUUAUGGCGUCGCGGUUCGACGGCCCGAAAUCCCCGGAAUUGAAGUCUGUCAUCCGGGAAGUCGACAGCGAGAAAGGGGGGCAAUGCGAACAUUAUGACUAUCUCAGUAGCGAGUAUUCGUCACCGCGUGAAAUCAAAAUGUGACGGCGUUAUGCCAUUUUGGUGUGAAUUUUGAAAUUGCAAUGUCGUUGUAUGCCAUCGGUUGUAUUGUUUGCAUAUUGAGAAGCAAGAAUGAAUUGCUUGUAUAUUUACUAAACAUAUACAUGUAUAUUGUUCGCGCGUGUAGCAAAUGAGUUGCAUGGUUAAUAUUUUGUUGCCGUCCAUUUUGUGCAAUGUCAUUUAUCUCGUCUACAGUGUGAAGUUUGCAGUGUAUAUAGAUUUGUUCAGGUUCGGACCUCUUUUGUAUUGUCAUUAAGAACACUUAGUUCAGAGUUAUGAACGAUUGUAUGUUUGAUUUUAAUGAUGUUCUUUAUGAUAUUUAGGAAUCUUAGACUUUGGGUUAGAUAGUCUAGGACCCGUAUUCAUUAACCGAUUCUUAGACUUAAGUAAAAAAAAAGAAAGAAUAUUCUUAAAAUUUUAAUGUACUAAAACUAUGUGAAGUCUGGUCAAGUGUGGCAGUAAGCACCUUCAAUUGUAUCAUAAUUUGUUAAAAACAAUAUGUUUAAAAUAUUAGUCGCGUUCUGAGAAAACUGGGCAUAAUGCAUGUGCGUAAAGUGUCGUCUCAGAAUAGCCUGUGCAGUCCGCACAGGCUAAUCAGGGACGACACUUUCCGGUUUAAUGGUAUUAGGAAGUCACUUUUCACCGAAAAUCUUGUUUACGCGGAAAAUGCGUCCCUGAUUAGCUUGUGCGGACUGCACAGGCUAACAUGGGACGACACUUUACGCACGUGCAUUAUCCCCAGUUUUCUCAGAACGCGACUCAUGUAAUCACCGUUUUGAGCCUCACUCUCUCUCUGUAUCUAUACAAACUCUGAGGAACUGUCAUAGAGUCUUAAGGCUUUUCUUUACUACUAAGUCUAAGAAUUUGUUGCUGAAUACCGAUCCUGGUCAAUUAUGCUUUUUCAUGCGUGCGUUAGCGUGUUUUUCUUUUCCGGAAACUAAUGCUUUUGCUUUACAUGCAAAUAUACCGGCAUAACGCAACUAUAACAUCUCGUCUAAUAUCUACGUAAACAAUUUAAACAACAUAUUAUAUAACCGUCUAUCAUCCGUGAAUUUGAAGUAAGUCAGUCUUUUAUAAUGCUUAAUACACAAUUUAUACGCUAAAAAAUGAUUUACAAUAUACACGUCUAUCAACUCAAUCGCACCCUACCAAUAUUGAAAGUGGAUCACAUUAUGCUCUUUAAAACGCAAUAAUCACGUGACAGCAUUUUCAUUUAAUUAUUUUAGAAUUACAUGUAUGGCUAUAGUCAUGCCACUAUUAUAAUACAACUGUAUUAAUACUAUAUAAAUGUGCACAUGUUACACGGAAGUCUCUGUUAUUUUUGUCUUCUUUUCCUUGUACAUUGAAGUCUUUAAUAUCAUGUUAUAAUAUUAUGCUAACAAGUCCUGCUGUUUUAAAAUAGUAUAUUUAAAAGCAAACUGGCAUAUUCACUUUUUUGUGUUUUGUUGUUUUUGUUAAAUCGCGAACUUCCCAGGCGAACCAUUGUACCUCGUGGUUAUUAUCUCUUAGUUCUUUAUAUUCCUAUAUAGUUUUGAGCAAAACUGUUGGCUUUUGCAGUAAAGUAUAUGUAAUAUAUGUUAUAUUUGAUCAUGAAAUAGAAACUGUUUGUGUAAAAUGUUUAUUUAUAACACAUUCAUAAAAAUGAUAUUGUA